AGGUUAUCUCCAUGGGUGGGCCUGCGGAAAAUCAACGUGUCCUACUGGGGCUGGGAGGACGCGUCCCCAUUCACCAACACCACUCUGCGAUGGUUGCCGGGGGAGCCCAGUGACUCAGGCUUUUGCGCCUUUUUGGAGAGAACGGAGUCAGCCGGACUUAAAGCCAAUCCCUGCACUGCCAUCACUGACGGCCUGAUCUGUGAAAAAGCUGCUGGGAGUCUGCAGAGUCAAAACGCUCGUCCCUGCAAGACGCCAUGCGCCCUGCGGACCAGCUGUGCCAACUGCACCAGCCAGGCCAUGGACUGCAUGUGGUGUGGGAGCACCCAAAGGUGCGUGGACUCCUCAGCGUACGUCAUCUCUUUCCCGUACGGCCAGUGUAUGGAGUGGCAGACCCAGGAAUGUUCUGGUAAGGUUUGGGGAUAUUUUUCAUAA